AUGGCUAUAGAACAAUUCCGCAUUCUCCGUGAAAAGGGUACUGAGCGCGCUGGUACCGGUGAAUACGAUUCCCACUACCCGUCCAAAGGCAUCUACAAUUGCGCUGGUUGCGAUGCGCCGCUUUACACUGCCGAUCACAAGUUCAAAUCUGGCUGUGGCUGGCCUGCAUACUUUGAUUCCAUCCCUGGUGCUGUCACUAGAAACGUUGAUAACACAUUUGGUAUGAAGCGGACAGAGAUCGUAUGCACCAACUGUGGGGGUCACCUCGGCCAUGUGUUUGAGGGUGAGGGGUAUCAGACCCCCACAGAUGAGCGUCAUUGUGUGAAUAGUGUCAGUCUGCGCUUUACGGAAGAUGCUAGUGCUACUAAAGAUCCUAAGGCGAAAGCUUGA